AGUGGGCCUUGUGCUUUUUAUUGUACCAAUCGGCUUAGGAUCAGAUGGGUCUACCGUUUAUGAAGCCUGAUGAAACCUACAGACACAUUCCUCCCUAUCCAAAGUUUCUAACUCCGGAGCUACGGAAGACUUUGGACACUCCUUCCGAUCAAUAUCUUUUGGUAGCAUUUGAUGAAGUUGGUGUUCUAGACGAAAGUCGAAACGAAUUUCAUUUCAAGAGAACCCAUGAUGGUAGAGUUCGACCAUACAACGACUUUUUCGGUAUCAUUAGGAAAUUGUGCAAAGAACCCGACUUGUUUUUUAUAGUUGUUGGAAAAAGAAAAGGUUUAAGUAUUAAGAAUGAUGUCGCUUCUGGGCUAUCAAAAGUCAUACUACAUUUUAUCCCUUUAUCACCUUUGGACGCUUCCAGUAUCGUUGAAUUCCUUGAAAAAAGUCUUCUAAAGACACCUACUCAAGAACCAGUUUGUAAUGUCUUAUGUAGUUCUUCAUUUUCAGUAAAUGAAUUGGCAGACUCAUUAUUGGAAUGUACAGGUGGAGUUCCUGGUUUGUUGACUCGUGCAGUGAAUAUGCUUCUGAAUUAUAUAAUAGCAAGAAACCAGCCUUUCAUAUCGAAAGAAGAAUGUUUGACUUGUAUGAACGACGAUAAUUUCCGAAGAAUUUGUGCUGAACCAUUUGUGGAACGAAUAUUGAUUUUGGACGAAGAUAGAAAAAGUGUUUUUGAUAUACUAUUGAUGAUGGCACUUUAUCGUAUACCGUCUAAAGUAGAUGAUAGAUUGACCUCGGAGUCCUUUUUAUAUGAUGCAGUCACUGAAAUGGGAUUAUAUCGAUAUCCUAUUGACGAGAAUACUUUUCAAGUCCUAAUUCCGAAAGUAUUUGUUGUAAUCUUCAAGAACGACCCUUCUAUCUCUUCUUUGGAAAAGAUACUUCUUGGAUCACUUGAUGUAGAACCAGUAGAUUGUUUCUUCUAUUCAAAGUGUCGUGUAUUUGAAGGAAUUGUUGCUUUACGACUAGUUUUGAUGUUGUCUUCAAAGAAUCGAAAUGAGUUGAGGGAAUUGUUAUGUCAAUUGUCUCCAAUAUGGAAACAAAUGAAACUUCCAAUCAAUACAAUAUCACCUAUUCACUAUAUCAAGUCUGUUGUUAGUUCUAGAGAAACAAGAAAUGAAUCGAACAAGAGUCGAAGAACUUUUGCCAAUACCGAAUGGAAUAACAUUAUUCGAGAGACACUUUAUUUAGAGACUAUUUACAUUCCUUUGGACGCUACUUCUCAUAGUCCUGAUAUUAUAUUCAAAUUACAAUCUCCUGUGGAACCCAAAGUUCUUACUGUUGGAGUUGCUUGUAAAGGACGUUGGAAGUCGGAAGGAAUUGGCUGGUCAGAUAUUAUAGAUGAAGCCAAGAAAUUUUUAGAUCCUGUAUAUGAUCAAGUCUUAUCCAGUGCAAUGGAUUAUCAUCAUUGUAUGCUUAUUAUCGUUAGUACAAAGUUAUCAUUGAAUGUUUCUAAUGAGUUGGGUAAUCAGAGUCGUUGUUACUCCAGUGGAAUGUUUAUUAGAAAUGAUUCGUUCAAAGUACCUGAUAAUUGUGAACUUGUUAUUCUUUGUGAAAGAGAUAUGGAAAUGCUGAUUGACGAAGAAAUAUUGAAUGGACUUGAAAGAGCAUUUCAUGUUUCUGAUAAUCCUACUUUUUGGGAUUUUGGAUUAGAUUUACUUGAUAGAAUCCGUAACAGUUUCUUAAGUUGGCAAUAGACUUUUACUCAAUCCUUCACUUUGUGAUUUCUUUUUAAGAGCAAGUAAACUCUUUUUUUUUAUGUUUGAAACUUGGUUACAUCUUACUUGCUUGUCUUUUGGACACCAUACAGUCUUCCUUGAAAAGAGUUUAUUAGCUGGCUUUCAAGGCUGGCUUAUAAUCGUUUCAUGUCAAUUUGCAAUAAUAUUGCAGAGUUGUAGCAAUGAUUCAAAAUGAAUAGACUAUACAUACAUACAUGUUGAUACAACUAGAAUGAAAAAUAUCCUUUCUUGUCCAAAUACUUAGUAAAAUGGUUACCCAAAGGAUAUCUCAAAACAUUCUUCAAUUGUCUGCUAUGUUGUCUUUCUAGUCUGUUGAAAAAAGACUAGUAACUCCUUUUACUAUAAUUUUCAAAGACUGAGACAGAAAAAGGUUGUUUGUAGAUUUCACUUGGACUGUCCUUCCUGUCUUUUGUUAACUGA